AUGGCGAAGCUUCAAAGGUUUGGGAGAAUUAGGCAACUUCACACCAUCAUAUCUCAAGAAACCAUCAAACCAUCUUCCCCAACACCUCCCCACCUCAAAACUCACAAUCUUUCCUUGUUGGAUCGAUUUGUUGGCCACAUUCACAUGCCGAUAGUUUUCUUCUACCCAAACUACGACCAUGGCGACACCCACAUCCUAAAGAAGUCAUUAUCACAAUCUUUAACACAAUACUAUCCAUUCGCAGGCAGGUUUCCAGCACCUCAUGCACCUCACAUUAACUGUAACGACGAAGGAGUUGUGUUCUUGGAAGCUUCUAACAAUGGCAGACUUGAUGAGUUUAUCCGCAAGAAAGAGCAUGACGAGACUAUGGACCGGCUCAUCCCCAAUGGUCUAGGUUGUACUAUGCACAAGACUAGCCCUAACUUGAUCGAGGUCCAACUGAACCAUUUCGCCGGUGGUGGAGCUGCUCUGGCGGUGUCUAUAUCGCACAAGCUAGCUGACGCAUUGACCAUGGCCAGCUUUUUCAACCACUGGGCCACUGUAACACGUGGUGGAUCACCAAUAAACCCUAGUUUCGUUUCUUCCUCCGUAACCAACAAUGAAAUCUUAGGGUUUCCGUUAAUAGACACCGAAAAGCUUAACUAUGUAAGAAGGAGAUUUGUGUUCCCUAAUUCAAAACUAUAUGAGCUCAAGAACAAGGUUAAUGCCAUGGGAACAUCUCCAAUGAACCCUAGUCGGGUCGAAUUAUUGACAUCUUUACUCUUCAAAUGCGCAGUGGAUUCAGCCACAAGAAAGUCAGGUUCUUUGAUGCCAUCAAACUUGUUUCACACGGUAAACAUGAGGAACAGAAACAUCAAAAAAUUCCCAGAAACAGCAGCAGGAAACUUAAGUACGACGGUGAUUGCAAAGAUAGCAACCGAUUCAGGUGAAAUCAAGCUACAUGAGGUGAUUGGUACGUUGAGGAAAGGGAUCAUGGAGCUUGAAGAACUAAGCAAUGUGGAAGAAGUAAUCGGAAACUUGUUGAGCAAGUUAUCACCAUUAGAGGGCGAACAAAGUCGAGCCUAUAUUUCUUCAAGCAUGUGCAGGUUUCCGUUUUACGAAAUGGAUUUCGGAUGGGGGAAACCGGUGGAUAUAAUGUUUCGAAUUCCAGAAGUGAAUGAUAGUUGUGUUCUUCUUAUGGAUGCUCAAUCUGGAGACGGGAUUGAAGCAUUGGUGCGUCUGCAGGAAGAAGAAAUGGAUAUCUUUCGAAAGGACAAAGAUCUUCUUGCAUAUGUUGAAGACAUGUGAAAAUGUUGUGCAAUUUGGUGUCAAUAAAUU